AUGAUGCGAAACUCUCACACAAUCGAGAAUUUCGAGCGAAUGCCGGACGGCGAAACGUCGAGUCUGCCGGAUAUCACAAAUUAUCAAGAAAGUGUGGACGAAAAUCCCGUUGAAGAGUGCUCGGCGUACUCGGAUACCAUCGCAACGUGCUCAAUGUGCUUGCAAGUGGCUCCGCACAGCCAAUUCUUCGCGUGCACCUAUCCGGGAUGCGGUUACGCGUUGAAGCAGAAGGAAUCCGUCAAGUCUCCGACACUUUUCUACAGAAAAGAGAGAGUUUUGUGUGGAGCGUGUGCUUUUCUUGGAGAUCAUGCUCAUCACAAGGCCUAUUUGCUUAAGGCCGAUAAGCUCGCGUUUCUGACCGCUUCUCGUGAAAUCGGCGGGAAAUUGGAGAUGGAUAUGGAGGAAGUGUGCAGACUCGAUAAAUCUCAUCCAGUUGACAAUGCGAUGAUCAUUAAAUCUGGAGGACACGUGGAGUUGGAAAAAAUUUCGGUCGUCAGCUUCCUUUCUCAAGCGAAAACCAUAGAGGAAUGGCAUUCACGUCAUUGUAUGGUCAAUGAAAUGUUGAGUACGAUCAAAUAUAAUCGUGAACAAGGAAUCGAUUAUUUGAGAAAGCAAUCCGAGAAAGUGAUGACCCUUCUAAAUAAUGCUGCUCAAGAGAUCAAAAGUGUUUCGAGAACUCUUCCAAAACAGUUAACCAAUCAGGAUAAGCCACACACUUCGUUCGGUCGCCGCCAACACGCAUCUCAGAAGAAUACCGAAUGGGCCAAUGAAGAAUAUUCUCCAUUCUCGUCAACUUGCUCUGAGAGCUCUACGAGCACUCUUCACAUGGCAAAAGCUCUUCAAAGUGUUGAUGAUGAGGUUACUGGUGGAUUCGGAGGAUUUGGAUUCGGAUUUGGUGCGUCCGCUGUCAAUAAAUCGUUGAAGGGACAGAUCAAAAGCGAGAAUUACACAUCAAUUGCUGUAACUCGACUCUACAAAAUGCUUAUUCGAACUGAGCCAAAGGAGACAGCAUUACGCCGUGCCGCAGAUUAUUUGAAUGAGCUCACCCAUAGUAAAACUGAAAAGAAGGCAGUUAUCGAGUAUAUGGAGAAGAAGCAUUCCAUUAAGUGGCCAGAGCACAUCAUCUGAAGCCGCCCGUCUACCAUUAAUUUAUAUGCAAAAAUGAAAAAAAAAUCUUCCUGUUGUCUGUUUUAUCUCGUAUUUUUUGCUUCACUAUUUCAAUUUAUGUUACAAUUUUUUUUUGUUGGUAUUAUGAACCUUUGUAGAUCAAAUUUUUUUUUGUUGCGAAAAUCGAUUUUUUUUGGUUUUAUCUCAUUAGAUUUUCCAGUUUAUACUUUGUUUUUUACCUAUUUUCUUCAGCUAAAAAACUCUUCCACU